CCCCUUGCUCAGUGUGAAACGAACCAACAACUCAAACGAAACGAACGCGAGCGCGCGCGAGAAAUAAAAAACUAGAAUAGAAUAGAACAAAUUAACCUCUCCCCCCAACAACAACAACAACAACAACAACAACCCGAAGCGCUGAGGACGGGGGGCCCUAAACUAUCCUAACUAUAAACAAUAAUCGAAUAAACGAAAAUUUAAAAUAAUAGCGAAUGAGUAAUACCUGAGCGAUUUAUUAAUCCGACUGCACGACCGCGCCAGAAGCUGACCGAGAAUCUGACAAAGAAUCCACAAGUAGCUGGCAAACGGAAAGAUAAAUAACUGCACAGAUAAUUGCUAGUCCUCGGUACUGGGCUCUAAAAAUAACCCGCAAAUAUAAGCGGAGACAAUUGCAGGGCACCGGUGCACAGUGGACGAACCCCGAGGAUCUAUCACUCGGCGACUUAUUUUUGGUAAAUGACCAAGGAUGGCCUACGACAUUAGCAUAGAGAAUCAUAAACGCAACUGUCACAGGACAUUGACAUCCGACACUCGGUUUAUGCAACUUUAAAAGUCGAGCCAGCAAAACGAAGGAGGGCAACAAAUUGCAACUUUCGCGUUUCAGUGAAAAAACCUAACAAUUUAACCACGCAACAUAUAUUAACUAGCCCUAAAGCACCAGAACCAGCACCAGCAACACUAGGUUAAGCAGAGCAAACGAAACCAAGCGAAACGAACUAUAGACACUAUUUCACAAGCGGUAUCAGAUGAGGCAGCAGCCAGUGCAGCAAUCGAGCGGAAAAUCAAUGAGCAGCAGGCGGAGGCACAAAAAGCCCAAGGCAAAAUCAGCAGCAUCCACAAUUUUAAACCGCCCUAAACUUUAAAAUCUGAGGCUCGAGCAUGCAACAGGCUGGACAACUGACGCCGCAGCAGCAACAGCAACAGCAGCAGCAACUGCAGCAGCAGCAGCAGCAGCAGCAGCAGCUACUGCAGCAACAGCAGCAGAAUGGCGGCGACCUUGCCGCCUAUGCCGCCUCCCAGGCGGCCGGCGGUAGGCGUGGCCCCAUAAGCGGCGGUCGCUUCGACUUCGAGGACGGCGGCACCUACUGCGGCGGCUGGGACGAGGGCAAAGCCCAUGGCCACGGAGUCUGCACGGGUCCCAAGCACCAGGGCGCCUACGCCGGAGCCUGGAACUACGGCUUCGAGGUGUCCGGAUCGUACAUUUGGCCCAGCGGCUCACACUACGAGGGUCAGUGGCAGAAUGGACGCCGCCAUGGGUUGGGCGUGGAGCAGAUCGGGCGGCAGAUCUACCGAGGGGAGUGGUCGAAGGACGGGCACAAGGGGCGCUACGGAGUCCGCGAGAGCACUGUGUCGACGGCCAAGUACGAGGGCACCUGGAACGAGGGCUACCAGGACGGGUCCGGAUGCGAGACCUACGCGGAUGGCGGCAAAUACCAGGGUCAGUGGCAGGAGGGAAAAAGGCAUGGAUAUGGCAUCCGCACCUCGGCGCCCUUCGGAUUGGCCUCCCACCACCGGCGCAAGAAUCUGCACGCCUCCUUGAGUUCCCUACGGAGCGGUGAGAACGGAAAUGCGGCCAAGAUGGUGGAAAAAGCGGAGGAGAUCCGCGGCGGAUUCGUCCUGACGGCCAAGUCCGAUAAGCUGCCGGUGCGGCGCAACAGUCUGACGGACAAGACCGGAAAGAAGGGAUUCCUAAUGGGCCUCAAGAUGCGAAAACAGCGCAGCACGGGCGAUCUGGAGAAAAGGGGCACCAUUGCAUCCGGCAGCAUACGCUCCACCAUGUCCUCGGCCUCCUGGAUCAGCACCGGAUCCGAGCAGUCCAACCUGACCACAAAGUCCAACCACACAGAGUCCAAUGCCAGCUUCACCAUGGAGGACGAGCAGUUGGACCCCACGGUGGUGGAGACCUACAUGGGCGAGUGGAAGAAGGACAAGCGCUGUGGUCACGGCGUGGCAGAGCGCAGCGAUGGGCUCAAGUACGAGGGUGAGUGGUACAACAACAGGAAGCACGGCUACGGAGUGACAACCUUUCGCGAUGGCACCGUCGAGGAGGGCAAGUACAAGAACAACAUCCUGAUCACCAGCCAGAAGAAGAAGCAUUUGUUCCUGGCGCGUUCACGCAAGUUCCGCGACCGCAUCACGGCGGCGGUAAAUGCGGCCCAACGUGCCCUCAAAAUGGCCAUGCAGCGCUCCGACAUGGCCAUUUCCCGGAUGGCCACGGCCGCGGCCAAGGCCCAGAAUGCGGACGCGGCCGCCGAGCAGGCCCGCAUGGAUUGUGAGAAUGCGGUACGGAUGGCUCGCGAAUUCGCCCCCGACUUCAAGCCCUCGGUGCUGGAGCGAUUCGAGAAGCUGCGCUUCCGGGAACGGGAGCGUUUCCGGCCGGGACCAGCGGCUGCCUCCGAUGCAGCCGUGAAAAUGGGAGCGGGAAUCCAGCAGCAGCAGCAGCAGCAGGGUCAGUUUUCGCCCACGAGCAGCAGCGGAUCGGAUGCGUACGCCACCCAGGCCCAGCGCCAGCAGCAAUAUCUCAACAUGCAGCAGCAACAGCAGCAGCAGCGUCGCAUGUCGCAGCAGAAACAUGAGUCAGAAUGUCCCGUACCGCCUUCGAUGUACUCGCAACAGCUGCCUGUCUCGCCGCAGACGGAUCUGUCCGGCAUGGUGAGCCAGGCUCAGCCCAGCCACGCCCAGGUGAUCAGCGCCAUCCAGCAGAUGUACCACCAGCAGCAGCACCAACAGCAGCACCAGCAACAGGUCAACCAGCAACAGAGCAACCCGCAAAUGAAUCCUGCAUAUCAGUUCCAGCAACAGCAGCCGCCCGGCCAGGCCAAGAUCAAUCCCAAUCUCAAUGCAAACGCGAAUGCCAAUCUCAAGCAGAACCAGGCACCGAACCAGAACCAGCUGCCUUUUGGCGCCGGCACCAAUCAAGUGGGCGUGUCGCCACAGCAACAGCAACUACUGCAGCAGCAACAGCAACAGCUCCUGCAGCAACAGCAGCAACUAUCCCAGCAACAGAAUAGUCUGGAACACCAAAUGGGAAUGGGUCACCAGCAGCAACAUCAGCCCCUCCAACAGCAACCCUCGCUGCAUGCCUCGCCCACCCACAAUGCCUCGAAUCUGUUGCGUCGCGCCUCCCAGAUGCAACAACAACAACUCCAGGAGGCGGCCAGUGCCGCCGCCAUGGCCGCCAAUGCUGCCGCCAUGGCCGCCGCCCAGCAGCAACAGCGCAGCGGCAGACCGCCCAUGCUGGGCCAGAUGGGCCAGCAGUCGUCCAUCGACCACUUCGACCACUACAAACGGCCGCCCAGUCGCGACUCCUCCAUCGAUCGGUACGCCCGGGCGGCAAGUCGGGCCAGCGGAGCCUUCUCCGGGUCGCGGCAAACGUCGCUGGACCGCUCCGGCCUGGCCGAUCCGCUGACCAACGGCGGCGGCAGCGGCGGCGGGACCAGCACUCCCGAUGGACGCCCACGGGCGGGCUCAGUAUUCCGCGGAUCCACCCCGCAACCUGGAGCCGGAACAUCGACCAUGACUGGCAACGGAUCGCUGCCCUCGGGCACGGCUGGCGGCCGAUUGUCGCGCGCCGGCACCCCCAGUCUGGGAUCGGGAUCGGGCGGACGAGCGCCCAGCCAGGGCAAGGCGGAGCCGCUCUUCUCCUCGCCCAACCAGCCGUUCGAGGACGUGCUGCUGCGCCAGCGGACGCUCGGCCAGGACAUCAUUCCGUCGCCCUCGCAGCCGAAGCGCACGGAGAGCCUCUAUCUGCCAGCCAAGCCGGCCACGCCGGUGGGCAUGGCCAUGGGCGGGAAAGGGGGCGGCGGAGGCGGUGGUGGCGGCAAAAAAAUGAAGUCGGUGCCCAUCAAUGUGACGCUGCAGCGGAAGAAGUCCAUGCCCGAUUUCCAGGAGCUGCCGCGAGCCACGGAGGCGAUGAGCCGGGAGGAGGUGUCCGCCCUGGGAUCUGCCCGCCGGGAGGCAGUGCGUCGCCAGAUCGAGGUCAACGAGCGCCUCAAGGCGAAUCCCUUGCUGUAUUUGGUCAGUCCACAGGUUAAGGACUGGUUUGUGCGCCAGCAGCUGAUGCUGCUCGUCCUGAUUUUUAAUGUCGCGUUGGCGCUGCUGUUUGUCUACAUGCUCACCUAGCGCCGGAGGAUGCACAGGACGACGCGGGACAGUGGCAGAUUUGGGAUGGACGACUCGGGGCAGCGGCUGGCUUUGAGCCACUGUGGUUUUGGCAGCAACCGAUAGUCCGGGAUUGGCCGGGAUUCGGGGACACUUCGCGUCCCUCGUCGGGUGGGAGAGCUAAUGAGUUUUUAGCAUUUGCAGUAAACAGUUUAUAAACCAACUUAAGUAUCCAAAGUACCAUAAAUGUAUAUCAUAUGUAUAACUUGAGGAAACACGCUAGAGAUGGGAAAAAGAAAUCGAAUUACAAGUCUAGACUGCAGCCAAAUAAUGGAUAAUUAAAUUAACUCAUAGCGCAGAACUGCAAUGCACAAAUCGUAGCAAACUUAAUACUUAAACCGCGUGGCUGUGCAGCCAGUCAUUUAAUUUGUCGAGCCAAUUAAACUUUGUAUUUGUGGCUAACCGGGAGCUGGAGAGGAGAUCGAAUAACUUUAUGCAAAUCAAUUUAACGAAUUUUUCUACACAUUUAAUGUAAAGAUAAAGGCAAAAAAACAAACAAACAAACAAACAAACAAUACCUUAACCUAAUCAAUGUUUAAUCAUGAUAAAUAAACGCGUAAUUUAUUGAAACUCUGGCUACUCAAUGUAAUACAUAAUACGAAAGCGAAAGCGAACCUAGGCAAAUGCAAGGCAACCAAAAACCAAAAAACCAAGAAAAUUUUCCUAUUUGCAAUUGAAAAUGCAUUAGUCAGCAACUUAAUCAAAACAAAAGGCAACUGAAUAAUACAAGUACUCAUAUUUAUAUAUUAAAAGUGUAACGAUGUGACACCUAUAUUUGUAUAAUUAGCAAAAUUUUGUGGGACCGAAAACAGCACCAACAACAAAAGGAGCAGCAGCAGUAUAGCUACAAGAUAUCUCGAGCUCUGUUUUUGGUUUACCAGUUACCAGUAACAUUUUCGAAACUAAAUUGAAUUCGAGAAGGUAUGGGCGGAUUAACAGAAUCUGGAAAUUAUAUAUUGUACUUUAAAGCAACGGAUCGAGAUUGUUAAUGAAUGAAGCUGUAUAUAUACAUUUUAAAAUAUCGUAUAACUAUAAUUAUUUUCUUCUCGAUAAUUUACGUUUAAAUUCAUAGCUGGGACGACGUCAUUAUUUCAACGUGUUGCAAUUUAUCGUUUUUAGUUUCACUUCAUAUACGAUGUACGAAUAUGUUCUAAAUAUUAUUAUUUAAUUUUUUAUUUGUUAUUUUAUAUGCAUACAUUAUUGAAAAGAAAUAAAACCGCACAUUCGCAUCUUUGCAAGUGUA